UGUUCCGAAGGGGUCCUUCGCCGACACUCGGCACGGAACGAGGACGGAGUGAAUCGCUCAAAAUGCCGACUGUCAGCGUGAGAAAAGACCUGCUGUUCCAGGCUUUGGGCAGGGAGUACACUGACGAUGAGUUUGACGAGCUUUGCUUCGAGUUUGGACUGGAGCUCGAUGAGAUCACGUCCGAGAAGGAGAUCAUCAGCCGUGAGCAGGGAGAGGUCAAGUCCGAGGGAGCAUCUGACAUCAUCCUCUACAAGAUUGACGUGCCAGCCAACCGCUACGACUUGCUGUGCCUCGAGGGCCUGGUCAGAGGGCUUCAGGUCUUCAAGGAGAGAGCAUUGACCCCACGGUACAGGCGUGUGUGUCCUAGUGGCAACCCACACAGGCUGAUCAUCACAGAGGAGACGGUUGCAGUUCGACCCCAUGCAGUUGCUGCUGUGCUGCGCAACAUCGCCUUCACCCAAGAGAGAUAUGACAGCUUCAUUGAGCUGCAGGAGAAGCUGCACCAAAACGUGUGUAGGAAGAGAGCCCUUGUGGCUAUCGGCACCCAUGACCUGGACACCAUCUCUGGGGUGUUUACCUACACAGCAAAGCCUCCCGGGGAUAUUCUGUUCAAACCCCUGAACCAGACCAAGGAGUACACUGCCAUCAAGCUCAUGAGCCUCUAUAAGAGUGAUAGUCACUUACGGCACUAUCUUCACAUCAUAGAGGACAAGCCAGUGUUCCCUGUUAUUUAUGACAGCAAUGGCAUUGUUCUCUCCAUGCCCCCCAUCAUUAACGGGGACCAUUCUAAAAUUACUCUGAACACGAAGAAUGUUUUCAUAGAGUGCACAGGCACAGACCUCACAAAGGCAAAGACAGUGUUGGACAUCAUUGUGACUAUGUUCAGUGAAUACUGCAAAGAGCCAUUCACUGUGGAGGAGGUGGAGGUGGUCUAUCCAGAUGGAAAAACAUUGAUCUAUCCGGAGUUGGCCUACAGGACAGAAACAAUUACAGCAGAUUUCAUCAACAAAGCAGUUGGCAUUAAUGAGUCUGCAGAGAGCGUUGCCCAGAUGUUGACACGCAUGUGUCUCCGGUCUGAGGUGAUGGGUGACCACAUUCAGGUGGAGAUCCCUCCGACGCGGUCCGAUGUCAUCCAUGCCUGCGACAUAAUGGAGGAUGCUGCUAUUGCCUAUGGCUUCAACAACAUCAUCCACACAACGCCACACACUUACACUGUAUCCAACCAGCUCCCAUUGAACAAGCUGACAGAGCUGCUCAGGCAUGACCUUGCAGCCAGUGGAUUCACGGAGGCCCUAACAUUUGCUCUGUGCUCCCAGGAAGAUAUUGCUGACAAGCUGGGAAAAAAUAUUACUGACAUUGAAGCAGUACACAUUGCCAACCCCAAAACUGCUGAGUUUCAGGUAGCACGAACAACUCUCCUGCCUGGCCUGCUGAAGACUGUGGGUGCAAACAAGAAAAUGCCUCUCCCUCUAAAGCUGUUUGAAAUUUCUGAUGUUGUACUGAAGGAUGAGUCAAAAGAUGUGGGUGCCAGAAACAACCGUCGCCUUUGUGCUAUAUUCUACAACAAGACCCCUGGGUUUGAGGUCAUUCAUGGUCUGCUUGACCGGAUCAUGCAGCUGUUAGAGGUCAAACCAGGCCAAGGGGAGGGCUAUCGCAUCCAGUCUGCCAGUGAUGCCACCUAUUUCCCUGGUCGCUGUGCUGAAAUAUUUGUACGUGAUAAGAGCAUUGGACGGCUUGGAGUUCUACACCCAGAUGUCAUCAGUCGCUUUGAGAUCACCAUGCCCUGCUCUGCCCUGGAUAUUGACAUCGAGCAUUUCCUAUGAGACUUUUAUCACUCUUACCAUGCAGCUCUUACUUCCCACACCCUAAUUCAGUACAAGAAAUCCAAGCCCAAUCCUCACGUUUUCCCACCCAAGCACCAAUAUCUUAAUACAUAAAUGUAAACAUGUCACUGGUGCUCACUGUAUUACUUUCGACAGCCACACUCUAUUUCGACUCAUCAGUUUGUCCCUGGAAACCAAAGUGGAGGGGUGGGAACAGCUGUGGUUGUUCCAAAAAACCCUUUACUUUUGGUCAGCUAACAGAAAAACAGAACUUUGUGCUUGCUACUCCUUAACUGCACCAUUCUAUCAUAUUAGUGAUAAGGUCAUAGGAAUGUAUCAGUUCAGCCUGUUUUCUGUUCUUCCCUGUAAAGUUGUGAAUGUGCUUUGAAUCAAAACCCAGUGAGGGUCAAUGCCAGUACACAUUACGGGGAGCCGAUUUACUCAUGUUACUAUAGUUGGCUCUGUAAUCGUAAAUAUGCCUUCAGAUGUUUGUGGCUUAAGGUGAGAAUCACUUUAAAAGUAUUUCUGUAUGAAAUUGUAAUCGAUCAUCUAUGACAACAUUUUAGGCUUCACUGACAAUACAAUCACUGGAAACUGUCAAAACUCACAUGCUUCUGAAUAGCUUCUGGUACUCUUUGUUUAUACAGCUGGGUUAUUGUAUCAGCUCAGCCACUUAGAAGUUACAUACAAAUAAACUUUCAAACAGACUUCUCCUCCACCCUUUACUGUAAAUUGAGGAGCCAGUUUACAAAUAAAAGACUCCUAGGUCUCCUA